AUUGGUUUCUCUCUUUAGACUGCUUUGUUCGAGUGACUUUUAUUACAUGGUCAUUCAGAGAGCUGGCACUUCAUUUUCUCUUUGUAUGGGCAAGCAGCUUAUGAAGUAUGAGGCCACAGAGACUUUGUAGCUCAGCUUAAUUCUCUCUCUUCUCUUCCCCUUUCUUUUGACAAGUCGCAUAUUUUACACUUGCUCCACUCCAGGCUUAAGGCACGAAACCACAGUCAUUCCCAACUGGAAUGUAAAAUAUCACGGGCGCAUUUUAAAUUUAGCUUAAACUUUUAAACUAACCACACCUGCAGCCUUUGAACAAGAUACGUUCUAGUAAAGGAUGUCCAAUGAGAGAAGUUCUUACGCGGAAUUGUUCUCACAAUAAGGCAGAGUUACAGCUUUCGGAGCGAGGCUAUGGAAGGAACCUUUUAUCCUUCCAAUGAAUAUACUCACUCCAGGGGCAGUCUCAUUUAUUUCAAUGCAGGGUAGUCGCAGAGUAACACACUUCUCAACAUGAGUAAAGAUGGCAAAAUAUAGCUCUUACAAACUAGGUACGGAUGGUGAGAGGGGAAUUAGUGGAUGAAGCCGGGGGCUCAGCUCUGGAGUGGAUAGGGUUAAUCCGGGCUGCCAGAAACACACAAGAACAGACACUGGAAGCUAUUGCAGAUCUACCAGGAGGACAGAUUUUCUACAGAACGCUUAGAGAGGUCCAGCCAGGGGAGGAGCUGACCGUGUGGUAUUCAAACUCUUUGGCUCAAUGGUUUGACAUCCCAAUCACUGCUACUCCGACACACGACGAGAAAGGGGAGGAGCGCUACAUCUGCUGGUACUGCUGGAGGACGUUCAAAUACCCCAACAGCCUCAAAGCCCACGUCCACUUCCACUGCGGCUUGAGCAGCGGCCGCGGCUUCCUGCCCCCCCACGACCAUGUCCGCUCCUCCGACCUCUUCCACCUGUCCCCGAAGGCGGCGGCGGCGGGCGAGCUCCCGGGCGCGCCUCCGCUGAGGACCCACGGCCUGCAGCAGGCUCACUGCGGGGCCCGGGAGGGCAUCAAGCGGGAAUCCGCCGCCUCCCCGCCCCUGGGCAAGCUGGGCCCGGCCCGCAGGCCGGUGGGCAAGGAGGAGCAGGAGAGAGCCUUGGACAUGAGCCUGGGCUCGGGGCGCAGCCACGGGCCCUUCCUCGGCCUGGUGGGGAGCUCGGCGGGGAGCAACGGGCUGAGCUUCUACCCGGGGGGCAGAUCGGCCUUCAGGCCGGCCGGCCUCGCCAAGGCGGCCCACGCGGAGGAGGGCAAAGCCGGCGGGCUGGGCUUCAGCAAGGCCUUGGCGGGCAGCAAGGCCGGGCGCGCCGAGGCGCUGGCGGGCGGCCCCCAGCCCAAGUGUGGCGAGGGGCCCCCGCCCGCGCUGCCCUGCGCCGGCGGCCUGCGGGCCUUCCCCUUGCUCUCGCACUUCGAGGAGACCUCGGCUUUCAAGCACGUGGAGCGGGGGCUGCCGCCCAGCCGCUACCCGCCGCUGCCCGCCGGCGCCGGCCUGCACUUGGAGCGCUUCUCGCUGCCGCCCUUGGAGGGGCUGAAGGCGGCCUACCCCGGGGAGUGCAACCUGCCGCUCGUGCCCGUCACCCUCUACAACGGCGAGCUGCUCUACAGCGCCCCCUACUACCCGCUCAAGCUGCACUUCGGCAACCUGCUCAAGUACCCCGACUCCGUGGCCUACUUCAACGGGCCGCCGGCGGGGCUGCACCCGGCCGAGCUGGGCUCCCUGGCCAGCAUAGACCGCGAGCUGGCCCUGCACACGCAGCAGCUCUCCGAGAUCGCGGCCGAGAAGAGCCGCGGCCGCCUGGAGAGCCUGCAGCCCGCCGCCGGCCAGCCCGGGGGCAAGCCCAAGACCGGCCACCUCUGCCUGUACUGCGGCAAGCUCUACUCGCGCAAGUACGGCCUCAAGAUCCACAUGCGGACUCACACCGGCUACAAGCCGCUCAAGUGCAAGGUCUGCCUGCGGCCCUUCGGCGACCCCAGCAACCUGAACAAGCACAUCCGCCUGCACGCCGAGGGCAACACCCCCUACCGCUGCGAGUUCUGCGGCAAGGUGCUGGUUCGGCGCCGGGACCUGGAGCGCCACGUCAAGUCCAGGCACCCGGGGCAGAGCCUCCACAAGGCGGCCGAGGACAAACGGGAGCCCGGCUACCAGCUCCAGGAGCCGGAGCAAAAGACUGACAACGAGAGCGACGUGGACGUUUGCUUCACGGAUGACCCGAGCGACCAGGACACCAGCGGCAGGAGCAAUGAUCAGUAAUCCGGCGCCCGGGCUGCCAGUGCGGGUUGUCCCAGCGCAAACCCGCUUCUGCUUCGAAACACGCCAGCGGGUUUUGCCCUGUGGGGGAAAUCAUAGGGGUACUGUAUUUCCGGGGCUGGGAAACAAACCCUCGCGGACCGGGAAAGAGCUGUGUGCUUGUUUUCAGUCAUGCACUGUCACUCCGCUCAGUCCUCUUGUAAGGCACUCCUGAACUGCCAAAGCAUCAGCCUGCAGGGGGGUUCAUACUAGUUAGCACGAGUUCACACGCAACAAGCACCGCUCUCUUAGGCGCCAGUGUUUUAGCCGCCAUCUAUUUUGUAUUGCUCCUUUGUGUCGAGGAAAUUGUGCCUUUUGGAAACAAUUCUUUUCUAUGUAAUUUUCCUGCCACUUGUUCCAGCAUUCCAGGUUCUAGGUAUGGACAGUAGUCACAAUUCUGCAGGCAAGUCUGGCCUCUGUACACUUUAUUUCCACUUCCGAUUUGCUUACUCGUGUCUAAAAAGAACAAACAAAAACGCACUGCAGUACUGAAUAGGAUCCUAUAGGAUGAUAACAGGUAUACAAUUUGAUCAAGUUGCAAUUAUUUAUAACAGAAAAAUAUUUGAAUAGCAAAUGUAAAAUAAAUAUUGAAAGCAUGAAUCUAAAAGCACGCACUAUAUAAUUUUAAAGAAAAUACACUGUUUGGUAGACUACAAAUGUGGUGUAUGUUUGUUUUAUAAUGAAUGAUGUACAGUGGACACAGUAUUUUGGUAUUGGUUCCAGUUUGUCAUGCGAUUUAAAAAAAAUAAAGUUGCUGACAAACUACUGUUUGUCUAGUUGUUCACUUAGAUGACUUCGAUAAGUUUUGGGUUCUCGAAAAUACCACUUUUAACUAUCUAACAGUAAUCAAAGGGCUGAUGCAAAGUUCAUUGAAGUCAGAAGGAACCUGUCAAUUAUCUUCAAAAGGACUUUAGAUUAAGUCCUAAACUAAUUGGACUCGGAAUAUUUUGCCACUAGCGAGUCUUUUCAACUCUAAAGAAUGUAUUUUAAUGAUUACAUUGUAACAAAAAUCAACUGGUUAUUCCAGAUAGUCAAGAUUGUCAUUACAGUAAAUCACUUUUCUGAACAAGGCCCAGUGCAGACACACACAUAACGUUGUCCAGAUGUUCCAUAAAAAUUUCCUAUAUCUGCAAGCAUUCACAUUUAUAAUCAUUGCUGAUAUGUGUUUUACAUGGACUAUAAUAGAACAUGACCUUUUUCUAUUCUUUUGCAUCAAGAAAUAAAAUACAUCAAAAUUAAAAUCUCUGCAGAACAACGGUGAACAUACCUACCACUCCAAGAAACACAGUUACCUGCGGUCAGAUUUUUCCUUUUCUAUUCCCACUGGUGCGAAGUCAGUCAAACAAGCAGCUCUACUGAAACCAAUAGCAUACCUUGGCUGAGCAACUGCUCACCCAUUCCGUUUAAGGUGUUAACAAUGUAGCUCACAAUGCCACUCUAUCCUCCUUGUACUUUUCCCUCCCCCCAGUCUUGGGAGAAUGGAGAAAUUGAAUCCAGUUCUGCAUUCCUUUUGCAUCUCAAACUCUCCAUCGAUUUUAAUAUUAUGGUUUUCUAGUUACAUAGGAAGGAAGGGGCUUUAGACUCCAGUUGGAGCCCGAUCCUACAACCCUUACAGAGAUGAAUAAGCUUUAGUUCCUCGCAUAGCCCUAUCGAUCUGGUUAGGCAGAAGUGAGUAUUACUCCUCAGGGAGCAGGAUCAAACACAAUGUCAGUACAAAUGGAAUCCAGUAUAACGGAAGAUUCCAAAGUAAUUGCCUAAAGCAUUUACUUAACACUGCCUCGAACAACAUAACUGAUUAAUCAGUAUAUGCAAUAUUUAUACGUUAGUACAAAGCUGACCCUCUUUUUUACUUAGUACAAGUGUAACCACUAUGACAGGGAUAAGAAAAAAGAAAUAAAAUCCGUAACUGACUUUAAAGGAUUGUAUUUACAUUCAAAAUUGCCGGUAAAUAAUUGAUCGAUUACGAGCUAGGGCAUGCUGCAGAACGCGGGCUGUUUCGCACAGUGUGUGCUAACCAAUCACUUGCUUUGAGUUCGAUCCUGCUCCCAAUAAAGGAAAAAAAAUCUGUCCCAUGGAAACGAGGGGGAUCAGGACCCUGAUAGUUCAACCGAUGAGACUUCUGCCACGAACUUCAGUGGGAGCAGGCUCUGGAUUUAAAACGGGUACUUAUUGCAGCUGGUGUUUGUGCCCGUUUUAAUUCCUUUUCAAAAGAACGAAAUCUGUCACUGAGAUCCUGCAGGCGAGCGAUAGGAUCGUGGCAACUUCCUUACUGCCGUUUCACUGAGGUCAUAACUCCUGCAGCAGAGCUGGUAUGAUCCCAACAGCUGUGUACGAGGCACUCACGCUGCCCAGAGGCAUUUGGAAGCACAUCAUGCUGCCCGGUUCCCCUUAGCACGUAUUGAAAGGAACAAUUAUUAAAAUUUCCCAGCAGCCUUGUUUGUAUGUGGGUACUGGCCAUCAUCGCAAGGAGCUCUAGCAUGGUGAAGGGCGCAGUCGGGAACCCUGGUCUUUGUCAUAUUGAACACGAUUAUAUCAGUAAAGUCUGCGCAUAAAAACCAACCAACCAACCAAACCAACUACUGAACAAAACGCCAAAUUGUAAUGCUUUGAUUACAUUUCCUUCAAAUCUCAAUAGGCGAGUCAACAUUAUAGUAUAGACUAAGGAUCUGUACACUAAUAGAUUUUAAAUCAGCGUCAUCUUUGAAUUACGAAGGCAACUCCUCCAACCACUAAAGGGGAGCGGAACCCCUCAGUUAUCAAAUCUUCAAUAUUUCAAUUAUUUUUAUUUUUCCGAAAUCAUAAAUUAGUUAAGUCCGAUGAUGGAAACCUGAGUGAAAUAGAAUAACUUUUGUGCUUAGAUCCUUAUGUCAUAUGGCAUUUGUCAAUGCUUUCUGGAUUGCGUUAUUAUCUGAUAAAGGAGGUUUCUAGUUGGAAUAUGUAC